AUGGUUGCGCCCUUUUGGGCUAACGUCAACAGCACAAGGUUUUCUCAGACAAGGAAUGUCUUCUUUCAGGUAUAUGAUGACAGUAGCUCCACCAUGUUAUCUACAUUGAGUGGUAUCGUGUCUGCCGAGUAUGGCAACUUUACUGCAGCCUGGGCUGUAGUCAUCACAUGGCGCUAUGUAGAACCUCUCUCACCUGAUAAGAAUACCAACUCUUUCCAAGCUGUGCUUGUGACAGAUUACAUUCAUGGGUAUGUUAUCUUCAACUACGACCGCUGCGGCAUGAACUGGAAUAUGAAGGCCUUAGCAAACGUCAACGUCAUCCAGGGCUUCGCCUGCGGACAAUCUGGCACCAAAUUCUACCUGAACAUACCGAGCCACCUGCGUUUCCGCCCUGGAAAUGUUGUUGGGAAUACUGGGUUAUACGGACGGUGGGUCCAGCGACUUGACAGCCUGCCAGACGAUUUUGUCAAUCCCCGCUUGUUCUGUCGGAACUGGUACAGUAGGCAGGUUUUUGAUGACUUCUCCCGUUCGUACUACAAUUUGUUUGCUCACACAUGUCCGUGCAGCUGGAUCCAGGCAUUUUUGGACCCAAGAUGGGAAUACAUCGGCUACAGAUAUUUCCUCCCAAAUUCAAGAAGGAGCACAUAUUUCGCUGCUGUUUGCUAUGUACGGAUGUGGCAGUUUCCUUAUACACCAGGCCCAAUAUGCUGCUACAGUACAUGGACUUGGAGUCUUAUCCGAGGCGUGAGAAGUGCAGUAAUUGCUUCCGUAUUUGCGUCUUAUCCAGUCAGUCCGUGGUUUUACUCAUCUAGUCUGUUUAAUCAGUGGUAUGAUGAGGAUGUACUGGCUCGGUAUUACUGCUGUUCAUCUUCUACACUCUGCGACCUGUACCUUGAGAACAGACCGGCCAUGGGUUGCUGGAGAUACCAACCCCCACGGCGGGUCUGGUCUUGGGGAGACCCCCACAUCAAAACUCUAGACGGAAUGGAGUACACCUUCAAUGGUCUUGGUGAAUACACGGUAGUACUCGUCGAAGAUGACAAAGGAGCAAACAGCUUUCAGCUACAAGGCCGGACACAGCGCGCUACCAAUGCAGAAACUGGUCAACUGACGGAUGCAACAUUCUACUCUGGGUUUGCGGCAGAGUAUCUCGGAGUUGCAAGGGUUGAAGUGAAAUUGAACAGAAGACAGCAGGCUGAUGAUCUGAUAACAACGGUCAAUGGAAAUAUUGUCACGCCUACAACAGCAGGAUUGCUAAUUGGCAAUGUGACUGUCAAAAGGGAUGCAUCGACUAACAAAGUGGUCACCACGUUCCCCGGCGAUAUUCAGUUUACAGUAGGAGUAAACAACAGCAUUGGAGACAUGACUGUCCAGUUUGGGGAAACAUACCGUGGGAAAACCAAAGGAUUAAUGGGUGUUUGGGAUAGCGACCAAAGCAAUGACGCAACCAGACGUGAUGGUACUAUACAAGCAGGCACCGGUGAAAACGGAGAGAUGAUUGAAAAAGACUUUUAUAGUUUUGGUGAAACGUGGCGUAUCACUGAACAGGAUUCCCUCUUCUACUAUGUGGGUGAUGAGAGUUAUGCUCUCUCAAACGACCAUUCCUUCGUGCCAAGUUUCUAUGAAGAUCUUGUCGCAGCUGCCACUCCAGAAAAACUUGAAAAGGCACAAGAGCUGUGCGGGGACAACAAGAUGUGCUUGUUUGACACUCUGGCUACAGACGACGAAAACAUAGGACAGUCUACAGUGAUGCUGAAUGAAAUGAACUCUGCAACCGAAAGUGCUGCAACCAAUUUCCCGCCAAACAUAACCGCUUCGGAUACCUUGCGGGUGAUCGUAGGAGUGGAAUUAACGGAGCAACUGGGAGCCAUUGAUCCAGAUGGAGACGAUGUUACAUUUGCAUUGGUUGAGCCACUCGCAAAAGCAACCAUCACUGAACAGGGUGGUCUCUUCAAAUGGACACCAAUGGACAAGUCAAAAGUAAUGAUUGGUUUCCUAGCAACAGAUGGCAAAGCUAAUGCAACACACGAACCUAUCGUACAGCUCUGUGACUGCAUGAACAGUGGCAUGUGUUUGUGGGAUGAGUUUGUGAUCGGCACAAAUAUUGUCGAAGACCGUUUUGGGGUGGUGCUAUGUGAGUGUAAACCUGGCUGGAGUGGUGAGUUCUGUGAAGUGAAUUACAAUGCCUGUGAGGACGGCCCUUGUUUCAUGGGCGUAGCCUGUUUUGAUGAGCAACCACCGUCUCUAAACAGCACCUGUGGCCCUUGCCCUGAGGGACUUGAGGGUGACGGCAGAUUCUGUCAGGAUGUCGACGAGUGUGAGCUGUACAAAGACGAGCCGGCCAGCAGUGGUGGACGCGGUUGUGAUCAGAUCUGCGAAAACAUCCUCAAGGACUACAACUGCAGCUGCAAAUCUGGCUACUCUUUGUACAUUGACAACAGGCGAUGCAUCGAUAUCGACGAAUGUGAAAUGGACCUGGACAACUGUGACUUCAACGCUGUGUGUAACAACACCCAAGGCGGCUUUGAGUGCAAAUGUAAUCCAGGCUUCCGGGAUGACUUCAUGGAUGGAACAUCAUGUACAGACCUCCUUGAAUGCAUGGACAGUAGUUUGUACACUUGCGACGGGAAUGCUAACUGUGAAAACACCAUAGGCUCGUACAUGUGUGUGUGCACUGCUGGAUAUGAAGGUGAUGGCAAGACUUGCUCAGACCUGAAUGAAUGCAGAAGGAACAUGGAUUACAAAUGUCAUGCGGAAUCCGAUUGUACAAACACUGUGGGAUCAUACAUGUGUGCUUGCAAGGUUGGCUGGACUGGUGACGGCACCAAUUGCACCAAUAUAGACGAAUGUGCCGGCCUGUCACCAGUCUGCCAUGAGAACGCUGCAUGUACAGACACCCAAGGCAGCUUUACAUGCCAGUGUUAUGCUGGAUACGCUGGAAACGGAAUGAUGUGUGUGGAUUUCAAUGAGUGCACCACAGGUCAGGACAAUUGUUUGGCCGUUACUGGUCAGUGUAGCAACACAGUGGGUAGCUUUGUCUGCAGCUGUAAGGAUGGAUAUACAGGGAACGGUGUGACAUCCUGCACAGAUAUCGAUGAGUGUCAGAAAAGUAAUGAUUGCUCUUCGAACGCUCGUUGCACCAACACGGACGGUAGCUAUCAGUGUGACUGUGUGACUGGAUACACAGGGGACGGGCAGACAUGUACAGACAUUGACGAAUGCACUCUUGAAAUAGACGACUGCCAGCAAGAGUGUUCAAACGCUGAAGGUACAUUUACUUGCAAUUGUAGCGCUGGUUUCAUCUUUCAAGAUAGGGUUUGCCAAGCUGAAAUGAAGUGUUUGAAUACCAAUUGUACCCAUGGUGACUGCUACAGAAUGAACAAUACGGACUCAUGUCUCUGCUACUCUGGAUACGCAAUCGAUGGUGAUCUUACAGUUUGUGAAGAUAUCGACGAGUGUACAGUCUUAAACAACCCUCACAUGUGUGGUGCCAACUCAAUGUGUGAUAACCUGGAUGGCAGUUACGAGUGUCAUUGCUAUCCCGGCUACGCUCUCAAUAGUGACAAACGGACAUGCUCAGAUGUGAACGAAUGCCAAGCUGAUACUCAUAACUGCGAUGCUAUGAGCCAGAUGUGCAUCAAUGAAGAACCCUACUUCACUUGUGACUGCAGGCCUGGCUUCAGCAGCGACGUUUUCAACGGAUCUUGCUCAGACAUCAACGAAUGUUUGAACGACACUUUGAAUGAUUGCCACAUCGACGCUGACUGCCUGAACAAUAACGGUUCCUUCACCUGCCAAUGCAAAGACGGAUUUACUGGCACAGGACAGUUGUGCUUUGAUAUUGAUGAAUGUUCCCUACCUGCCAACGACCCAAACUAUGCCAACUGCAGUCCCUUUGCAUCAUGUACCAAUCUAGUUGGCUUAUUCCAGUGCAACUGCACCACAGGAUACGAAGGGGACGGGCAAAAUUGCCAAAAUAUCAACGAGUGCGAGACUGCAAGCUCCGCAUGCGCUACCAACAGCACCUGCACGGACAACAAAGGUAGCUAUCUAUGCACAUGUGAUGCUGGUUUCAGGGGUGAUGGCUUUACCUCGUGCGUCAACAUCGACGAAUGCCAAGAUAAUCCCAGCACAUGUCACUACUUAGCUACGUGCAAAGACACUGAUGGGAGCUACCACUGCGGCUGUAACCAAGGUUACCAAGGAAACGGAACAUAUUGUGAAGAUACUAAUGAAUGCAUGACCGGUGCUCAUGAUUUUGCAGCCAACCUUGCUGAUUGUAAGAACAAUGUCGGUAGCUACAUGUGUUCCUGCAUAGAUGGUUACGUCUCUGCGGAAGGCUUCCCAGCUGGUAGACAGUGCGAUGAUGUUGACGAGUGUGCUCUGAAUCUUGACACCUGCGAUUCAUCCACUUCCAAAUGUAACAACUCUGUUGGUAGCUACAUGUGUGCUUGCUUGGAGGGGUAUGAAAAGAAUGCAAGGGGCCAGUGUGAUGAUGUAAAUGAAUGUGAUGAUUCUCCAUGUACGAUGGCCAACUCCGGGUGCACCAAUCUACCGGGGACAUAUGAGUGCAUCUGCAUGUUAGGAUUCUAUCAGCUAGGCACAAUAUGUCAGGUGGCUUAUUCAAAAGAUGCAUCUGCCGUGUUUGAAAUCAUCAGUGGCAUGGUUGUUGGCAGUUCUGGAUUUGAUUUGCUAGCAGGCUCUGUUACCUUUCGCCAAGACUUGAAAACUUCGAUUGAGGAAGCCUUCCAAGUUUCUCCUUUGAGAAGUUCCUUCAGGGAUGUGGUUGUCACAGACUUGACGCUUAACUCGGACUCAACAGCUCUGCUGAAGUUGGCCAUCAACUUCGACAGUGGCUCGUUACACUCGGAUCUGGACAUCAUCAUGGCACUGCUUGACCAGCUGAUGGGUAGCAGCGGGGGUCAGCUCGCUCCCAACCACAAGCUAAUCAGACGGACAUUCAUCAUCGGCGACCCCAAGUGUGAUGCAGCGCCCUGCAUGAAUAGCGGUGAGUGUAUUGAAGACAACUUGGCCAAGGGAGGAUACACAUGCAGCUGCCCACCGGGCUACAGCGGACAAAACUGUCAAGUCGCACCAUGUGACAGAAACCCUUGCAUGAAUAGUGGGAGGUGCGCAGUUGACUCGUCAUCAGACCCUGGCUACACCUGUACAUGUGGUCAAGGAUUCGGCGGCCCACAGUGCGAAAUGAUAGCACCUUGUCAAAUGGGCAACGACUGCAUAAACGGAGCAACAUGUAACAACGCUCUGAACAACCCUCGCGGGUACACCUGCAGCUGUGGUGUAGGAUAUAUGGGGCAAAACUGUGAAAUAGCUUGUACCCUUACUUGCGCGAAUGGGGGAACGCUCGAUCGUGUAAAAUGCACAUGCAUAUGUGCUGACGACUGGAGUGGGCUGAGCUGUACAGAUUGUGGAUUGGACUGCGGGAAUGGUGGUAGUCUGGUGUCUACUACAUGUCAGUGCACAUGCGCAGGCGAUUGGAGUGGAACAACCUGUACAGAUUGCGGCUUAAAUAGCUGUCCACAAGGACAAAAUCUGUUCAGCGGUGCUUGUCAGUGCUCAGCUUGCUCGUCCCCCUGUUUCAAUAAUGGAGCGCAGGACCAAACAACUUGCCAGUGUACAUGUGAUCAGAACUGGACAGGGAAUGACUGUUCUGAAUGUUCACUGGUAUGCAGGAAUGGACAGCUUAAUAGUCAAACCUGUGAAUGCCUAUGCACAGGUAACUGGAUUGGAACGACUUGCUUUGAUUGCCCAUUGAGCUGCGCAAAUGGUGGCAAUCUCGAUAGUCAGACAUGUCAGUGUUCAUGUUUCGGUAGUUGGACUGGAACUACCUGUUCUGACUGUCACCUUUCCUGUGCAAAUGACGGUACACUGACUGAGGGAACUUGUCAGUGUGAGUGCGACCAAAACUGGAUGGGAAAUACCUGCUCCGACUGCAAUUUGAUUUGCAUGAAUGGCGGAACGCUCAACACUGCUACUUGUCAGUGUUCAUGUGCCCAGAGCUGGACUGGAGCUGAUUGUACAGUGUGCCCGCAGGCUGAAUCUAGUUGCUUAAAUGGAGGUGCAUUUGAUGCAGACUUCUGUGAGUGCGUUUGUCCGUAUGAUUAUUCUGGACCAUCUUGUGCAGAUGUCAAUCCGUGUUUGUCAGACAACCCGCCAUGCUCAGAUAUUGCAGGGAAGUUCUGUCAACCGGCUGCCAACGUUGAGGGCUUCUCAUGCCAAUGCAAUGGUUAUGAAGGAUUCUUCACUAACAGUGAUGAUUCAUGCACACAACGCCGGUCACUCCAAUUUGUCAUGACAUUAAACCUGCCUUUCUUUAGUGCCUACAACAACCCAACAUCCGCUGCAAGGAAAAAACUAGCCAGAAGGGUUACUUCAGCGAUCGUUAACAAACUUCGGGGAGAUAGUUCCACCGACCGUGUGACUGCGGUACACGUUUUGAGCUUUGAAGAAGGCAGUGUAGUUACACACGUGGCACUAGCAUUACAAGGGCAACAACCCUCGGUGAAUGUCAUCAGCAAUGUCAUAGCAGCCGGCGACACACUAAACGACGGUGUUGAGGACAUACCUCUCCUCCCCAACUCUGUCAGUAACAUAAAUACAACGUUGUUAUCAGACUGCACUCGAGAUGAUUGCUUGAAUGGCGGAGUAUGCGAGAGGUCAGACUUCUCCCCUCGGCGAACUUGCAGUUGCCCUGCAUCAUUUACCGGAGACCGGUGCGAGAUUCAAAUACCAACUUCAACACCAGCAGAGACAACCACAACGGUCGCCUCAGGAGGUGGUGAUGUAUCUUCUCUAGCUACAGUUCUCAUCAUAGUCGGUUGUGUUGUUCUCCUGUUGGCGAUAUCAGGAUUAGUUCUGUGUUUUUGCAUGCUAAUGAGGCGCCAAUACGUUAAGGAUCAAAUCAACCGCCAGUCAACCAGACAGUUCCAAGCUAGUAGGGGACCCAUCGAUUUUGGAGAGUGCAGAUUGCCCUCUGAAGAGGGCUACAGUGCAGCUGACUACCGUGGAGAAGAAAGGCGGAUGAAUCGUCUCGCUCAUGUCAUGAGCCAGUCCCCUUACUUGCAGACUCUGCAGAACCAGCCAGAAUUAUUCAUCCGACCAUACUUGGUGACUGGGAACGAGGAACUGGAACGUUACCGAGAAGACGAAGCGCGUUAUGGAAGGAAUGUUGCAGGCCGCGUGGUGUUCAAUCCCUCCCUCUACCGCUAA